AUGGCGGUCGCCCCAGCACAGUUUAAUGUUGUCUUUGGUUUCAAUCAAACACCUCUAACUGAAGCUUUGGAAAGCAGGAAUUUUAACCAUGCUUUAGGCAUUAUAGAAAGCCGCUCUGGGAGUUGUUUAGAUGAAGGAUAUUAUCGUAGGAUUCCUUUGUAUAUUGUGUUGUCAGGAGAGAAUUCUUGUUUCGAUGGUAAAGUUUUACCAGUUCAUUUGAAGAUCGCUCGGUUAUUAAUAGAGAAAGGUGCUGAUCCGAUGCUCCGAAUUCCUGAGUUUCUAGGAGCAGAGUACAUUGGUCCUGGUAGAAGUCCUCUAGAAUGUAUUGUUGAUCUCUAUAAUAGCAUAACAAGCUAUGGGACAUCAAGCAACGAUACCAUGCCUCCUUUUCCUGUCAUCUUGCUAAAUGGCAAAAAAUGCUCCAGCACUAAAGCCCUUGCGGAUGAUCUCAUUUCACUAGUAUGGAUGCUACUUGGGCAUGGUGCCGAGGUUAAUGUUCUUGACAUAGAAAACAAGACCCCUUUACAUAAUACACUUCUAAGGUCUGCUGAUUUACAAAUGGCACAAGUAUUAUGUGAUAAUGGUGCGAAUGUUAGUGCGACAGACAGAUGCGGCAAUACUCCAUUAAUGUCUCUUUGCAGUCCUAUGCCCUGGAGAACGUAUAAUGAAUACGGUCCUUGUGCGAGUGGAUAUAGUAUAUCAAAAGCUGUGCAUUAUCUUCUGAGAUUUGAGAGUGUUAAGAUUAACCAUUGUGGAAUUCAUGGGAGAACUGCCCUGUUCAAUGCAAUGCAAUCUGGUAACUUUGAAGUUGCACAGAUGUUGCUGAUAAGAGGAGCAAACCCUGACAUAAAAGGAAUGGGUCCUGAUGGAAGGUAUAUUUCUCCACUCCUUGCUGCAAUCAUUCCAUGGAGAGCUUGGGGAAGAUUUGAUGUCAAGUCAAAUGUGAAAGCCAUUGGUUCACUCAUUGACAGUGGCUAUUUUUCAACAGAUAAAAUACUAAAAGAAUUAAUGGAUUAUACCAUUGACAAGGACAGUGAUGACGCUUCACUGCUGAAGCUGUUUCAUAAAGGAAAAGGUCUAAUUCAGCUUCUCUUUGGAAAAAGAUCUUGUCCUCUCACUCAGCUUGCUGCAAGGACAGCUGUGGAACAUAAAUUUCCUGGACUUGAGUUCUCUUCUUUUGCAACACAUGACAUCAUCAAGUUUGUGCGUAGAGAGGGCUUGCCACUGGAACUGAUAUCUCAUUUUGAAAUUGUAUUGCUCAGAGACAAAAUACUGAAUGCUUUGGCUGAGACCGACUGGGAUAUUUGGGAUAUGGAACAAUAUUUCCUAGAUGAGAUUGACAGUGACAACAGUAUUGAUGAUGGUUGGGGUCAAGAUGAUGAUUCUGAUGAUUCCAGUGAUGAAAGUGUUGAUUAUGAUGACAAUGCUGGUGUUGCUGAUGUUGAUGAAGAUGGUAAUAAUGUCGACAAUGGUAAUUGGUGGUAAACUGGUGAUAGCAAACCAUUUGUAAAUCUUGCCAGUUUUUGUAAAUAACUGUAUUUAUUACUCCCAUCCUUUAGGACGUAGAAUAUCCACUUUUUCUGAUAGUGAACCCCUAAUCACCUAAAUGGUUCAAAUGAUCAAGAACAGAUCUUUCAAGAGUCAACUUUAAUAAACUCAAAGAAGUAAGGCUAAUAAAUAUUUCAUUUUAUUUCAUGUAAAAGAUGAUUUGGGUUUUAUUAUGAAGGAUGGGGUGGGACUGGGUUGGGAUCAAGUUUUACCAUUUGGUAAUUUCUGACCAUCAACUAUACUGAUACUACAUAGCAACACAAUUUAACAUUUCUUAUUGACAUGUGGAAUUUAUUGUUGGUGGCAUUGUUUUGUGUUUUUACCCAUAAAAAAUCAUCCCGGUUAAGUUUACUCCCUGUUCAUUUAAUAACAAUCUGUAUAAAAAUUUUAUUUACAAACUCUAGAAAACUAGUGUAAUAUUAUGUGAUGAUAAUAAUUAUCAAUCAAACACGUUCCAUGAUUUCUUUCUAAAACCAUAGAUAUGCUGUAUGUAAUAAGCAAAGCAAUUCAACUAAUAUUAUAAAUAUUGUAAAUAACU